AGUGGAUUGCACGCAAUUACUUUACUCGCGACCCGAACCGAGAAAAACAUCUACUGUACUAAUCCGAUUGGUUAUCAGAAUACCAGGCGAGUUUACCCACAGACACAGACACAGACACAGAGACACCAACCAACAACAAUGGCUUCACCCACCACAGAUGAAAAGCAAAGUCCUGCUAAGAGAGUUGCCGUUGUUGGUGCCGGUGUCAGUGGGCUUGCUGCUGCCUAUAAGUUAAAGGUACACGGAUUGAAUGUGACUGUAUUUGAAGCCGAUGGGAGAGCAGGAGGGAAACUAAGAAGCAUUUCACAAGAUGGUUUGAUUUGGGAUGAGGGUGCCAAUACUAUGACUGAAAGUGAGGCAGAUGUCAGCAGUUUGCUUGAUGAUCUUGGGCUUCGAGAUAAACAACAGUUUCCACUUUCACAGCACAAGCGUUAUAUUGUAAGAAAUGGAAAACCUGUACUGAUACCUUCUAACCCAAUUGCACUAAUCCAAAGCAGUUUUCUUUCCACUCAAUCAAAGUUCCAAAUUCUUUUAGAGCCAAUUUUGUGGAAGAAAAAUACAUCCGACCCUCAAGAAAGUGUUGCAGGAUUCUUUCAGCGUCAUUUUGGGAAGGAGGUUGUUGAGUAUCUGAUUGACCCUGUUGUAGCGGGAACAAGUGCUGCAGAUCCCGAAUCACUUUCUAUGCGUCAUGCAUUUCCUGAGCUAUGGGAACUAGAGAAAAAGUUUGGUUCCAUCAUUUCUGGAGCUGUUCAAUCCAUGUUGACUUCCAGAAGUGGGAAAAAGAGUCCUCCUUCAAACAGCAAGCGUAGGCGUGCACGUGCUUCUUUUUCAUUUUUUGGGGGAAUGCAGACACUCACGAAUGCACUGUGUAAAGAGGUUGGAGAAGGUGAGCUUAAUCUCCAAUCCAAAGUGCUUGAAAUGUCGUAUAGCUGUGAUGACGGGUCAAGAGUUGGGAACUGGUCAAUUUAUUGUGGUCCAGAUGAAGAAAACAAACACCAAUCUUUUGAUGCUGUAAUCAUGACAGCUCCACUUGGCAAUGUGAAAGAAAUGAAGAUUACAAAAAGAGGAAAUCCUUUUCUGCUCAAUUUCAUACCAGAGGUGAGUUAUAUGCCAGUUUCGGUCGUAAUUUCGACGUUCAAAAAGGAGAACGUGAAGCGGGCAGUUGAAGGAUUUGGAGUUCUUGUUCCUGGCAAGGAGCAGAAAAAUGGGUUAAAGACACUAGGCACUCUUUUUUGUUCCAUGAUGUUUCCAGAUCGUGCCCCUCAAGACUUGUAUCUUUAUACCACUUUUGUUGGAGGGAGUCGAAAUCAACAACUGGCCAAAGCCUCGAGGGAUGAGCUGAAGCAGAUAGUAACUUCCGACCUCAGACAGUUGCUUGGUGCAGAGGGGGAGCCAAUUUUUUUGACACACUAUUACUGGAGCAAGGCAUUUCCGUUGUAUGGGCACGACUAUGGUUUGGUUAUGGAUGCAAUUCAGAAGAUGGAAAAAGAGCUACCUGGAUACUUUUAUGCAGGUAACCACAAAGGAGGGAUCUCUGUUGGGAAAGCCAUAUCAUCUGGAUGCAAAGCGGCUGAAUCCGUGAUUUCGUAUUUGGAUUCUUAUUCAGUUGACAGUUGAUAGAUCGAUGCUGUAUUAAUUAUUAAUUACUCCUAAGUUGUAUUAACCACUCCACCUUUAAAAACUAAUUAAUUGGAGUAUUAUUUAUUAAUUACAAUUUACAAACAACGCCU